CCAGUCAGGGUAUUCCCUUAUUGUGCUCGGUCCUAAGAAAACAAUUCUGAUCGAAAUUCAGGCCUCUUGAUGGAAAACAGGGCUUUCAUUGCUGUUCAUGCAGGUGCUGGCUAUCAUUCCAGGGAAAAGGAAAACAGUUACAGAAAAUUGUGUUCACAGACGUGCACAAAGGUUAUGAUGAAGCUGAAGUCAGGGAUGUCUGCGUUAGAUGCUGUUACCCUGGCAAUACAGAUGCUAGAGGAUUCCCCACUGACGAAUGCAGGUCGAGGCUCCAGCCUCACUCUGGAGGGAACUGUUGAGUGUGACGCCAGUGUUAUGGAUGGCAAAUCCCUUGUGUAUGGGGCUGUAGGGGCCAUCUCUGGGGUACAGAAUCCAGUUCUUGUUGCUAGGAAAUUGGUGGAGGAGCAGUCAACAGGAAAUAUGGUGCUUGGAAGAAUCCCUCCAUGCACCUUGGUUGGACCUGGAGCCACUCAGUGGGCAAAAGAUCAUUGUAUACCCAUAGUUACGGAGGAAAAAUUAACAACCGAUGAUUCAAAGAAAACAUUUGAAACCCACAAGAGACGCCUACAGAAUGCAGAAGAGAGAAGAAAGAAUAAACGAAGGAAAUAUUUACAGGAUAAUGAGAAUGGAUACAAGGAGUCACUUACAGAAGGAAAGGUUGAAGCAGUACAAGCACACGAUGGACAGUCUGAUUUACAUAGAAGUCCCAUUGAAAUCAAUCAAGUUGAAAAGAUAACACCAUUAACUAUAGACUCUAAUGAAGUUAGUGAUUUUACAACAGAGACAACGAAUGACAGAGAAAACAUUUUCGAUACCAGCAGAUCUGUUGAUGAGUCACAGUUCAGAGAAAAUGAUUUUCAGUCACUCAGGAACAGAAAUCAAGCUACUUGUUGUAUGGGUAAUGCAGUUAAUGACUGUUUAGAUGACACUGACAGAAACAUAUAUGGUACAAAGUUAGAGGCUCAGGCAUUAGAAAAUAAGAAAUUAGAGGUUCGGGAUGAAGACCAUGAAAAGCUAGUGGUAAAAAAGCCAACUGAUCAAGGAUUGAAUUUAGGGGUUUUGGAUACAAGUACUGAUCAGUCAGGGGUCAAAAGGUUAGCUAAUGAUGAAUUAGGGGUCCAGGAUACUGUAGGGGCUGUGUGUGUGGACAGGAGGGGCAACAUGGCUGCAGGUGUCUCCAGUGGAGGGAUAUCUCUCAAACAACCUGGCAGACUGGGUCCAGCGGCGCUGUAUGGAGCUGGCUGUUGGGCCUCCAAUCCAUGUUCAGAAGGUCAAUCAGGGGUUGCUGUGGCAACAUCAGGUACCGGGGAGCAUAUCAUGAGAACCCUCCUGGCGCGAGAAUGUGCCACCUCCCUACAGGUGGAGGAUAUGGCGGAAAUGGCAAUGGCCCAUGUGAUGUCCAAAAAGUUCCUCGAAUCAGAUGUUUUAAAAGGCUAUUCUGAGAAGUUUGGUGGGUGCUUAGCCUUGAAAGUCUGCCCCAGGGAUCUGUCCACCGAACUACUAUGGUCCCAUACGACUGAGAGUAUGUGUGUGGGAUACAUGAAGCAAGGCAAGACAGCCAAGUCUGUUAUAACACGGCUUGGAGAAAAUGAGAGGCAGGGACACACAUACGUUCUACAUGGAAAGAAUAUUUAGAUGUUUGAUCUUUAAUGAAAUAAAAUGUAAACAAAACCUUCAUAAA